AUGGAGGUGAGACUGAUCUCGAAUUGCUUCCACAUGGUGCGUUUAAAUCCGGUGGUCAAAGCGAAAGAUCCUGUAGUUGAACCAGCCCCAGAGCCUCCGCCAUCUCCUCCAAAAAGAGGGCGAGGUCGCGGUCGCGGGGGAAACACAGCUAGUGGUAGAAAAAACAAACUCGAUGAAAAUCGAGUGGAAUUCGCGCCGCCAGAAAUCAGCACGGAAAAAUUACCUGAAUAUGACCUCCACAAUUUGAAAUGUCCUCUGACCGCCGAUAUUCAUGCAAAUUUGAUACUUCCGAAAUACGCCACCGUUCAAACAGGAUGGACAAGAAAGGAAUUCAAAGUUCGCAAAUUGCGAAUUGUCGAUGAACGCCGGGUGUUUUUCAUGAAAGACAAGAAAAAACGGAAAGAUUUGAUGAAGAUGGCAAAAAUCGGCAUGAUUCGCGAAGGAAAAAAUGGCCAACAGCUUAUCAAAUCGAAAAUGAAAUGGCAGCUGAAAAAAAUUGUGAAGCGUGUGCGCAAACGGACUUCAAAAGUCAAGAAAAUGAAGAAUGUUGCCAAGAGAGCGAAGAAUCACAACCGAACAUUGCCUUCUUGUUUGAUUUGGCCGCUGAAGCACGAAAUGAAAAUAAAUAAGGAAGUUUGGAUGAAAGAUGAAGUGUACGGCGCUAGAAGAGUUUUGUACUCCAAGAACAAAACAUCAUUGGGCUUUAUGGAUAUUGAAAUGGUUGACGGAACUAGGAACAAGUAUCUGAGCACACUUCCGAGAACCGUGCGAGAAGUUGAAACUGCCAAAUAUCCAAAAGUGUCUUCAAAUAAUAAAGAAGAGGACUUAAAAAAUGAAGGCGUUGAAGUUGACGAACAAAAACCACCUGAGGAAUAUGCUGAAGAGAAACCUGAAGAAAAGCCUGAAGAGCCAAUGAAGAUGAGCAAAGAAUUGCGAAACAUUUUGGAUAUUCCUUCGAAAAAGGGAAAACCCAAAAAGCUUAUGUAUAAUAUGGUCAAAAAUUGUCAUGAUAUCAAGAUGUAUUUAACUACUCUUCAAGAAAUGAAGCCUAUCGAAAAACCGCCGCCGAAGAGGCGAAGAGAAGCGCUAAGGAUUGCGUACAGUCGGCCUGGAAUGAAGCAGAGUAUGCCGUUUAAUCUUUUUCGCCGUUACGCGAUGUAUAAACUGUAUGAGCAACACCGACGUGAAAAAGCGAAGACGCCGCGGAAGCUUCCUUCAGUUCGCGUUUUUCACACGAGAGCAGUUCAGAAAUGGACGAGAAAGUCGUUGAUAAUGACAUUUAAACGGCAAAUGGAGAAAAUCAGGGACAAAAAACGAAAAUUGGAAUUUUUGAAAAAUGUGAAUGCUGUCAGGCGAGGUUGGAUAAAACAUUGUCGACGGCGGCAAAAACUGCGAAGGAAGAAAUUGGCGAGGAAGGAGGAAAACGUCGAAAAAAUUCGUAGGACGGUUUCGGAAAAGAAGGCGAGAAAAAAGAAAGCGAAAAUCAAAAAAAUAGCUAAAAAGGGAACAUUCAAGAAGAAAACUUUGAAGCGCAUUAAGAAGAAAAAUGAAGAUCUCAAGAAAAAGAAGGAAAUGAAGAAGGUCUCGUUUGAUAGAAAAACGCUGGUUCGAGAAUCGAAGCAAAAGAAGAAGAAGAAGGAUACGUCGAACAAGGUGAAAGCGAGAAUGAAAGGGAAACUGAAAAUAGGUACGAAGAAGAAGCUGAAAACGAAGAGGAGGCUUGUCGAUCAAUUGUUAUUGAACCGCUUGAAAUCAAUGAAGAAAGGUGAAUCUUUAAAGAAGUCGGGUUCGGCGGGAGAGAAGAAAUUGAAAAUGCCGCAUUCGCAAAUCAAGACGAAAACCAAAGUAGCAAAAGGUUUGGUGCGUCCCAGGACAAAGCUCGAAAUUUUGACGAAAUUGAUAAGAAGGUAUGAAGCGGGUAUGGGGAAAGGAGGAUUGCGACGAUCAAAAGUAUCGGCGCGCAAGGGAUUGAAAAAGAAGGAGAAAUCUCGUCUCGGAUCGAAAAAACGGUCUUCCAAGAAACCGCUGAAGAUGAAGACUGAAGAUGACGUCAAUGUGAAAUCUGAAAAUGUUGAUACCGCUGAAAAGAAGAAAAAGAAGGUUGUGCCCAAAGAAGGCGAGGAAUCACCGAUAAUCUGUGAAGAAGGUCCUUCAACAUCAGGCAUAAUAACCAAAGAAAAGUCGAAGUUAAAGAAAAACUCUAAAAUCGGUGACACGAAAAGUAAAAAGUCACUGAAUGUUGAAGAAAUAGAUGAGAAUUUUAUCGAGAUGUCGUCGCAACUCAAUGAGAAGGAAAAAAAUUCAAAGAAAAUGAAGAAGAAGACGACGACGACGUCUAUAUCAAAAAAGACUGAUGCGAAGGCGACUAAGCAGUUCAAUUUAAAAGACAAUGUUGUUAAGAAGCGCGAUGUUUUUAUAACCAAAGAACUAUUGCUAAAAAGCAUUGCUCCACGUCCAAAAAAACAGUCUCGGUAUUCCAAAUUCAUGUCGAAAAUCAAAAAACACCGAACGGUGAAAUUGCAACCGAAUCAAUAUAAUGGAUAUCACGAUAUGCGAGAUAUUCGCUAUUUUCUUCAAAAUGUUUCCGAGGAAUCACGAGAAGCGUUGAUGAACUCGAUCGAAGAGUUGCCGCUGGAAGAUAUGGAAGCCUGUGCGCGGAAGGAACAGGAAAAACUGAUUGAUGAAGCGGUUGAACUGGCGGUGAAACGUUGGAUUGUGAAACUCGCUCGUCGACGUGAGCUGCUAAUGCAAAGUCAACAUUUCCAGGAGGCGGAGCAACGUCGUCAACUCGAAAAGGAUCGCGAGUGUGAAAGUGUUGGGCUAUUGACGAGUGAACACGAGCGCAACAUCGACGAGGAGCUCGACAGGCAUUUGAGCAACGAGAAGAAGCGUCUCGACUACUUCGAAGCCGCCCGUUACGAGCAACAACAGCAGCACAACUCGCAGCAACAAACUGAAACGCCUCAACGGCCUGAAAAACGCGAGAAGCGCAAAUAUACGAAGAGAAAGAACGUUGUGGCACAAGCGACAGAAUCACUGCCGCCACCACCAAAAGAGCAGCAGAAGCCUGAUAUGAAGAGUCCUGGUACGGUCGAAGUAGCAACUCCGCCGUCCGUGUUCAACCUAGUCACCAGCUCACCAAUAUCCGCAUCAUCUACACCAUCAAUGGCGUCAUCAGCGACCCAGCAGCCGCCGGUAGCACAAACUCAAACACCGACGCUACCGAUUGGAAUCGCACACUCUGCGCCUGGAGCAGUUAAGCGAGGACAGAGUGAGUCGCCGCCAGCGCCGACGAAAGUAGCGAGGCUCGAGAAUGAAUCAUUCCGAAGCACUAGCGGCAACGGGAUUAUCGGCAUCGCGAAGCCGCCUGACUCUUCACCUGCGGCGAGCACGCCGAGUUCGACAGCACCUGUUUCUGUCGCCUCGACCAUAAAUGGACACCCGCUUGAUCCGGCGCAAGCGGUUAACACAGUGACCAGUCAACCGACAACAUCAUCCCUCUAUAUAAAUACCUCUGCAAUGUCUCAAGGAACUACUCCAACUCCUGCUCUACCUGGACAUCCGCUUCUUGCUACCGCUCCCAAUCAGUCUGUGGUAGCGUCUGCUGCGGCUGGAGUACCGCCAACUAAUACAGUUGACGCGCUCCGUAUGCUUCAGAAUCCGGCAAUUGUCAGCUUGAAUAAUGGAAGCGCGCCGUUCCUCACUGUUGGAAACGGAAACACAAUUCCAUUCUUGAAUGUUCUGCAACAGCAGCAACUGCAAGCCGCUGCUGCCGCCGCCGCAGCUCGCAACGCAACACCGACUUCACAGAAUACCAACACGACCACACCAACGAAUGUUGGAAGCAUUGUUCAAGCGGCUGCAGUUGCACUAAAUCAGAUGCCAUCUCUCAACGGUCUCCAAUUCCCAGCGAAUGCUUCUCUUGGAUCUCAGCUUGCUGGCGCCGCGCUUCUUGCGCAGGUUCCACCACAAGCACCAAAGAAACCAGGGCGUUGGUGCGGAAUGCAUGUUCGAAUUGCCAACGAUAUUCAAAACGCGAGAAAGGGCGAAAAAACACCAACGACGUCUACAUCUACAUCAACUUCUACCACUGCCCAGCCGGCCGCCGCGCUUCCCACAACGUCGGCUCAGCCAACCCCAACUACUGUCGCUGAGCUGGCCGCAAUGGCUGCCGCUGCUCAGGCGCGCCUCGCUCCUUCUUGUCCACCUUCAACGAGCCAAGCUAGCUCUGCGCCACCACCGGCUACUACGCAGUUCUCCCAGUUUCCGCCACCUGCUCUCAGUGGUGGACCUCAACACUACGCCGGCACUCCGCAGUUGAUGGCUGCAACAAUUCAGGAAGCUGCUCGCCGUGUUCCCCCAUCGAUGAAGUCUGCUAAUUCUAGGCAAACUCCCAAACCGGUGAGUACUGGUCGUCCAGCGUCCGCUUUGCCUGGCGCGCGUCUCGCCGUUAGCACUCCGUCGAUCCCGAACCUAACUGGAAAUCAAAUGGAUACUCAGCGUCUCGCAAUCACUCAGCAGCUUAUGCAGCAGCUCGCAGGUCCUGCUCAUAACGUACAGCAAGUUGAGCUAAUGAGACAAAUGGAACAGCAUCAACAGCAAGCUCAAGCUCAAGCACAAGCUCAGGCACAAGCUCAAGCUCAGGCCCAAGCUCAGGCACAAGCACAAGCUCAAGCACAAGCUCAAGCUCAGGCCCAAGCUCAGGCACAGGCACAAGCUCAAGCUCAAGCACAAGCACAAGCUCAGGCUCAAGCACACGCUCAGGCGCAGGCACAGGCUGCAGCACAACAGCAGCAGCAACUUCAACAACUGAUCUUGGCAACACAGCAAGGCCAAACUAGCGGCGCUGAUGUGUUGAGGCUUCUUCAACAAUAUCAGAGUAUCGAGGCUGCGCAACGACAGCAACAACAACAGCAGCAACAGCAGCAACAACAACAACAACAGCAGGGGCAACAGCGUCCGCAAAACUAUGAAGCUGUGAUGGCUUUACAACAGCAAGCUGCUGCUGCAGCGGCUGCCGCCAGACUUCAAAUUCCUUCUGGAAUCAUUCAGGCCCAAAAUGCUCAGGCCCAACAGCAGCAAGCGGCUGGUCAACCACAACAGCCGCAAUCCUCGCAGGCUGCGGCAAUGUUCCCAAUGCUUGGAAUUCCGCAAAAUAUGCUAGCCGCCGUUCAACAGCAGCAGAAAAUGGGAUUCGGUAACGGACAGCAAUUGGCUCCGCCGCCAAAUGGACGUCAGUAG